AUGUUACCACCUACUCGGGGUGCGUUAUUACCUCACAUUGUACACGCAAACUACAUAUCUAUGCGUGAUAAAUCAUACCCUCUCAAUUGUCCAUCUCUUCCACCUAUUGAAGAAAAAGGGUGGAGUUUAGACGAAGGAGUUUACGUUCCAGCGAGGUGUCUCACACCUCCCGCACCUCAAGCUGUGAUUGAACUAACUAAAUGUUUGUGCAAAACAGAAUGUAAAGGAAGGUGCAGUUGUUUCAAGAAUGGUCUUCCUUGCACUCCUCUUUGUAAAUGCUAUGUCGGUGAUUGUACAAAUGUCAUAAAGGAUGAUGGACUAGAGGAUGAGGUUAACGGACAAGAGGAUUACAACGAUGAACAACUCGUCAUGUAAGUUCAGUAUCCCAGUUAUAAAUCGACUAGUUGGAAACAUUUUUGUUCAUAUACGUGUUGAGAUCAUGUAAGUGCAUAAUAUAUAGAUGUCAGUUCUUCAGAUUUUGUGUUAAAUAAAAGCGCCAUAUUUUCAUUAUAAUUUUUUAUACUCCGUAAUACACUCCACAUCACAUUGCAAGGAUCAAAAUGUACUUUGCAUCAUUAAAAACUCAGCAUUAAAAACUAGCGGAGAGCAAGCGCAAAAAUCAUACAGGAGAGACGCAGUGAAACUCAGAUCACUGCGGAGGGACGAAGAGCCAGAAAAUUUGAACCCUAUCAUUUUCCGAUAGUAAGAUGCAAAUUCAACACAUAAACGCAAAAAAAUCAAUGUUAGCACGUAAAUCCUACAGGAGUAUUCAACACAUAAACGCAAAAAAAUCAAUGUUAGCACGUAAAUCCUACGGGAGUCGAUUUAAUGACAUGUCGUACCACACUAAAAUGGUCUCGUUUUGAUGUGAUAUUAAAACUCAUGUUUUGUGCAUAACAGAGUAAAGAAUAAGCUUGUGAUUGGACGUAAGAUCAACAACAGACAAACUUGUGCAGGAAACAUGAAGAUUUAACCUUCAUGUGCGCCUGCCAUGCUAAAAUAAGCAAACAUGGAAAUGAGGCCAUUGGGUCAAAAGUGAAUAAAUGGUAAGGUCUAUUGUUUCUGAAAUUUGUGUAAAAAUGUAAAGACUAAACAGAUUGUUCAACAUAUAGGGCUUUAUCCUCUUUCAGGGAUGUAUUUAUGGGGGUACACACUGGUCCAUGACCAGUGUCUCCCAUAAGAAUCAACAUCUCAAAAAUGUUUGUGUAACCAAAAUUAGGAACUAUAUGUAUGUAUAGUUUCUAUAUAUACCUAUUAUAGUUUGGGUUGUUCUUUGUAAUAUAAAAUACUAUUUUAUUGAAAUAGUUUUUGCAUUUGUCUACAUACCCCAUUACUUAUGAUAAAUUUGUUCAUUUCUUCUAGGUUUUUACAUAGUGUGGCAUACAGAAAGUUUACAAGGAUGGUGUAUGGUGUAAUUGGUAAAACAAGAAUCCCACUGCUGCAUGUGCAUACCAUGCAAUAAGGAAGAAAUUCCCUCUCACAAAAGAUGAAUCAUUUACCAGAUUUGAAAUGGAGGAUAAAAUAUUUGAAUAAAUUAAUGACUAAGCUAACAUACUGUAAAACCCAUCGUAUAAGAACCUACCGUAGAUGUUUACAAAAAAGCGACCUAUUUUAGCUACAGUAUAUAAUUUGUAUCAUUAUGCACAAAUUAUCUUCAAAAUCCCAUUACUUUAUAAAAGAGCUUAUUUUCUUCAAUUGAUGUUUAACUUUUUGCUUCUUCGAUAAAAUAAGAAGCUGUUUUGGAAUUCUAGUCUGAACUGGUUCUUUUGUAAAGCAGGGUUUUACUGUACUAUUUAAAUAUUAUACUCUAAUGAAACCUAUGUGGAACAUUUUAUUUGGUAUCAACAUAAAUCAGUUUUGACUAGUGCUCAUCAGGGAUAGAAAACAAGUAAAGUAGAGCAAAUUUGAUACAAUUAAGUAGCGCAUAUAAUUUAUUUAACAAAUAUCACCACCCUGCCUAUAAAGCACUCUCCCUAUUAAGCCCCCUCCCUGUUAAGCUCCACCCCUAUUAAGCACCCUCCCAAUAAACACCCUCCCCCCUAAUAAGCACUACCCUCCUUAUAAAGUACCUACUGUAUAUUGAGUCCUCUCCUAAUAAACACCACCCUUCCUAGUAAGCUCCAUCCUUAAUAAGCACCACCCUUCCAAAUAUUUCCCCUCUGCUAAGACCCUUCCUGCUGCCAGGGUGGAAAGUUUGUAGGUUGCGCCGAAGAUCUUCGGCGUAGAAAAUUCAUAAAUGUGCUCCAUUUUGGCGCAGAAUUAUGGGAAAAUGAACUGGUGUGGCACAAUGGCGUACAAAAAAUUAUUUACUUAUGCAUAUUACAACUGUAUUUCAAAUGUUUAUAGUAUCUGUGCUGUCUCACUCUAAAAGUUGCCACUCGGUGGCGCAUAUUUAAAACAGGAUUUGUGCAGCCACUGGUGUAUGUUACUGAACCUUGAUCAAAUCUUCGGUGCACAAAAAACAAACUUUCCACCCUGGUCCUGCUGUAAUAUAAGCCCCAAUCUCUAUUAUAAAGCCCCAACCUCCUGAAUAAUCCUAAUAUGCCCUUCUGAAAAAAAACCACCUCCUAAUAUGCCCUCCUUCCUCAAAUGCCUUAUCCAUAUAAUACACUAUGAUGUGCUCCUUUCAUUCCUUGGACAGUCUGUAACAAACUUGUGUCCUUUCAUGGGUUGUUCACAUACCCUGCAUUUUGGUGCUGCUUUAGACUUCUUUUGGCUCUGUGCAACAACUACUGAAACUACAGUAAAAAACCUCUUGCAUGUCAACAAACGGAAAAUGUCUGCAACAUGUGUUUAAGUUGCGCGCUUCCCUUUUACUCAAUUGACGAUUUAGAAUUGAAUUUUAUUCUUGGUGAUUUCAAUCUAAUUCCUAGCGAUGAGGAUAUGGAUAGACUAACACAACUCAAAUUUAACCCUUUUGAUACCAACUACAGAAUUUCAAACUGUCCAAAUUAUGAGAGCUAUAUGUCUGAAAAUUUUUGAUAGUUUAACAUGCGAUUAUUACCUACCAAACGAUUUUAACUCACCCUCAAAUCACACUAGUAGUAAUAAAUAGAGUCAGCUCGCAGUGCUCAGAAGAAGCAUUCUCAUUGGCUUUGCAUGCAUUUUGAUCACAGUAUAGGGAUUUUGAUCUUAUAUUUUGAUAUGCUAUGAACCGAUAGAGUGGUAGCAGUAGUAGCAGUAGUAGCAGUGAUAGCAAUGGUAGCAAUGGUAGCAGUGGUAGCAGUGAUAGCAAUGGUAGCAGUAGUAGCAAUGGUAGCAGUAGUGGUAGCAGUAGUAGCAAUGGUAGCAAUGGUAGCAAUGGUAGCAGUGGUAGCAGUGGUAGCAAUGGUAGCAGCAGUAGCAAUGGUAGCAGUAGUAGCAAUGGUAGCAAUGGUAGCAGUAGUAGCAGUAGUAGCAAUGGUAGCAGUGGUAGCAAUGGUAGCAGUAGUAGCAAUGGUAGCAGUAGUAGCAAUGGUAGCAAUGGUAGCAGUGGUAGCAGUGGUAGCAGUGGUAGCAAUGGUAGCAGUGGUAGCGGUGGUAGCAAUGGUAGCAGUUGUUACUGUAACACUUAA